UUAGUUUAUAAUUUGUGUGGGAGGGAUUAUAUCGUCAUUAUAACAACGUCACUGUAACACCAAACGUCAAGAUAUGGACUGUUAUCGAACGUUUUUUUAUUGAUGAUAUAGCCACGACAACGUGUUGUACGUGGACAUGGAAUUAUUUGAUUUCUGUAUUAUUUGAAAUUUGUAAAUAACCUGUAGACUAUUUUACACGAUUUUAUACUCUGUUAUAUUUGAUACAGAUUAGUUAUUUUGUGUUUAAAGCUGCUUGAAUUUUUUUCUCUGUAAACGAAUUCUUUCAACAUGGGUAAUGCCGAUACAAAACUUAAUUUCCGUAAAGCUGUUGUCCAAUUAACUUCAAAAACUCAAGUGAUUGACGCGAAUGAUGAUAAUUUUUGGGAUCAAUUUUGGUCUGAAAAUGUUUCAAGUGUUCAAGAUAUAUUUACAUUAAUUCCUGCAACGGAAAUUCGUCUUUUACGAGAAGAAGCACCAUCUAAUUUGGCAACAUUAUGUUACAAAGCUGUGGAAAAGCUAGUUAAAGCUGUCGAUAGCAGCUGUAGAACUCAAAGAGAACAUAUGACAGUUUUAAAUUGUUGUCGUUUAUUAACAAGACUUCUUCCAUAUAUUUUUGAAGAUCCAGAUUGGAAAGGAUUUUUUUGGUCAAGUUUACCUGGAAAAGAAGAAAACGAUGAAAGUGUUCCAUUGGCUCAUUCUUUAUUAAAUGCUCUUUGUGACCUUUUAUUUUGUCCAGAUUUUACAGUUGUUUUAGGACGUAAAAGUGGGCCAGAUAAAGCUGAAGAAUUACAAUCAAUAGACAGCUGUGAGUAUAUUUGGGAAGCAGGGGUAGGCUUUGCUCAUUCGCCCCCUCGUUAUCCGAUUCUCGAUGCAAACAGAACAGAACUUUUAAAGCUACUACUCACAUGCUUCAGCGAAUCCAUGUAUAAUCCUCCCAGUGAUCUUUCUGUCAUGCCUAAUAAAUGGAUACAACAUUUUACUAGCGCAGAAAAUCGACAUGCUUUGCCGAUGUUCACAUCUUUAAUUAAUACUGUAUGUGCAUAUAAUCCUGUUGGACUUGGUGUUCCUUAUAAUCACCUCAUUUUCACGGAUUCAUUGGAGCCUCUUGUUGAUGUUGCUUUGCAAAUUUUAAUUGUGACACUUGACCAUGAUACUACUGGAAGUGCUGCUACUUGUGAAGAGUCUGCUAUUGCUGGAGAUAAUUUGUUCAUUAAUUACUUAAGUCGUAUUCACAGAGAUGAAGACUUUCAAUUUGUAUUAGAAGGAAUUACAAGAUUAUUGAACAAUCCUUUGACACAAACUUACUUGCCUAAUUCAACGAAGAAAGUCCAUUUUCAUCAGGAGCUAUUAGUGUUCUUCUGGAAAAUGUGUGAUUAUAAUAAAAAAUUUUUAUACUAUGUACUCAAAAGUUCAGAUGUGCUUGAAGUACUAGUGCCUAUUUUAUAUCAUCUCAAUGACUCUCGGGCUGAUCAAUCCCGAGUUGGACUUAUGCAUAUCGGUGUGUUUAUUCUACUUCUUUUAAGUGGGGAACGAAAUUUUGGUGUAAGACUUAAUAAGCCAUACACAGCAACAGUACCAAUGGACAUUCCUGUUUUUACUGGCACACAUGCUGAUCUCUUAGUAACAGUAUUUUACAAAAUUAUUACAACUGGCCAUCAAAGACUUCAACCUCUUUUUGACUGUUUACUCACAAUUUUGGUAAAUGUAUCUCCUUACCUUAAAACACUAUCAAUGGUAGCCAGUACAAAAUUACUGCAUUUACUCGAAGCAUUUAGUGCUCCUUGGUUUUUAUUUUCAUCACCUACCAACCAUCAUUUGGUAUUUUUCCUGCUAGAGAUUUUUAAUAACAUAAUCCAGUAUCAAUUUGAUGGAAAUAGCAAUUUGGUUUAUACAAUCAUUCGUAAGAGACAAGUUUUUCAUGCUUUGGCAAAUCUUCCGAGUGACUGUAGUUCGAUUGCAAUGAAUAAAAAACAACGAAGACGGAUACCAUCACCAAGCACAUCGACAGAUAAUGUAAGUGAGAUAACAAUGGAAGGAUCACAUCCAGCUCAGCCUGCUGAACCUGGAACGUUAAAUGCAACUUUAUUAGAGACACCAGGUAUUGAAAAAAUGACUGAAAAAGAAUCAGCACAUCCUCUCAGUCCUUCUGUUGAUGUCAAUAUCAAUAAAAACACUGCUAUUAAUGGAAAACAAGAUGAAAAUAGUCGAACAGAAAAUCAAAACAAGAAUAAAUCUAUUGUUCAUAAAGGAAGUAUUAGAGUUUCUGAUGAGCAAACUAAUAUGAGUAAUCAAUGGGUACCUACAAGUGAAUGGGUUUAUCAAUGGAAAUCGAAACUUCCUUUACAGACAAUAAUGAGAUUAUUGCAAGUGUUGGUUCCACAGGUUGAGAAAAUUUGUAUCGAUAAGGGUUUAACUGAUGAAAGUGAGAUUCUCAAAUUUCUGCAACAUGGUACUUUAGUAGGGCUUUUACCAGUUCCACAUCCGAUACUCAUUCGUAGAUAUCAAGCAAAUGCUGGUACAACAGCUUGGUUCCGUACCUAUAUGUGGGGAGUAAUAUAUUUAAGAAAUGUUGAACCACCAAUUUGGUAUGAUACAGAUGUAAAACUCUUUGAAAUUCAACGAGUUUAGGAGUAAUAAUGAUCUCACGAGUGCAUAUAUACAAAAAGAAAUUUAUUUAUUCACUAGAUUAAUACAUCUGUACAGUUUUGAUGUAUGCAAUUUAAUCAAUUACAUUUCUCAAAAUAUUAAUAUUAAUAUAUUUAAAAAAAACAAAUAUACCGCUUCAUACAGUGCACUACUAA